AUGACAGGAAUCUCGUCGCUAUUUUUGCCUCUGCCCACGCAAAAUUGGGACUCAGGGGCUACGCGCAAGUCUGACAAACCACCGAACGAUGCCGCCUCCAUGGCUUCUCUCUCGACCACCACCACCGACGCGCGUCGCGAGCUCAGUUAUCGCCACCCAGCAUCCCAUGGAACCCUCCCCCACGAGCUCAUCGAGUCCCUCAACAGGGCGUACUGGCUGCACGUACUCGCAGUAGACCCUUCCCAAAUAUUGCCACCCGGCAAGUCUCUAUUGGCGAUGAUGAUGCGAACAGAAGCGCAUCGCAGUGAGGCAAAGACGGACUUACAUCGCACGGUCGAAGGAAUAGUUCACAAGGCAUUCUGGGAUGAGGUGCGUCUGCCAAUCUCGUCUGAGGUCGCCAGGAAACUGAUUGCCGAUAUCACCCAUCUAUCUCAAGGCGAUUGA